AUGGGAGAACGGGUCCAAUGCGAGCUCGUUUUGAGCACAAGGCCCGCCCACCAAGACCCGUUUCACCACUUUAGGUAUGCGGCCCACGUUAUCGUCGUCGACUUGUUCAUCCUUCCUUGCGUCCAUGCCCCUUUCCGCUUAGCUGGUUACGUGGAGCCGGAUGGAUCGCCUGGACGAAUCGACCUGGCACACAGUCCAGACUCUCCCAGGUCCCAACCCGGCCCAGCCCAGCCCGGGAGUCGGAGACUGGGGGGGCGAGUCGGUCGAUUCAAGAGAGAGAAAGCCCGCGGCGGUUCGACAGCGUCAGACCCAGCAGGGCCUGCAAUCCGAACCCCAGGGCGCGCCGGCUGUGAAACCCUAAGCGAAAUGAGCAUCCGCCGCCACGGGGCAGACGUCCAGCAAAUCCCGUCCAUCAUCCCAGAAGAUGACGGCCAUUAUGGCACUUCACUUCCAUUUGUGUGGCCCGUUUCUGACAGCGCCGCCCACAUCCCUCGCCCAGUCCGUCCCGUCCGCUUCCCUGCCGCCCAACUACCCAGUUGCCCUAAACGAAAAGCCGAACGAGGCCAGCCCUCCGGAUCAUCCAAAGCAAAGCUUGUUGAUCGAACAGGAAGCCAUGUGCUAGGAUGCGACAACCAGGGCAACGCAACACUGCGCCACGCCGAAGCUAGAACCUCGGAAUGUCACCCGGCUCCAUCACCCGGGACUGCCACGCCGGCCGCUGUUCUCAAUCAGUGCAAGCAACCAGCACCUGUUCUGGGCGCUCAGAUCAUUCUGGCCCAGUGGCUCUUCGAGUGUUCGCAGAGGCUGAAGCCGACACCCGCGGCACACGACUCAGAGCCCCUGGGCCGCGCAAGACGAACCAGUAUCAGGACGCGGGGCUUUGCUUCGUUCUGGAAGAGGUAG